AUGACUACUGAAUCUUCAGAACAAAAUAUUACCAAUUUUAUUCAACCAGUCUCAAUCCCUGAACACAUGACGAUGGAUAUAACAAAUGCUUUCUUUUCUGCUUGUCGAAUCGGACUAAAACCUGGUGAACUAUUACACACUAGUUGGUUUGACUUGAAGUAUUCCAUGUCAGCUAUCGAGAUUAUGGACCCUAAAAUGGAUGCUCGAGUUCAAGGAAACCGUAAAGUUCUGACUGUAUGUGAGGCGUUAUCGAGUGAGCAGUUACCUUUGGGGCCUUUUUCGUCACUUUACGAGCUUUUGGGUAUCAUAGAUGAACUUUUAGCUGCUUGCGUCAAUUGGCUGACGGGCGAUUCUCUUGCGCAAAGUAUAUUUAUUUGCAUGUAUAUGCACUGCACUCAGUUAAUUAGAGAUAAAUAUCUUGCUGCAUUUUGUGAGUUAUUACGACGAUCAAUCUAUCAGUUGCGUCAUAUAAUAAUCUGUGCGAAUGUCUUUGACGAAGAGGAUCAUUACAAGUUCACACAUGGUAUGCCAGUUCAUGAACCCUCAAAUAUUUUUGAUGGUUACGGUGGCUUUUGUAAUGACUGUCUGCAUAAAUUGUCAGUGUUAGAAUUAAUAGCUCAUGUAAAUGA